AUGUCAAACCGACGUGGGGGGAAAUCAUCUGCCUCUUCUCGUAAACCUAUAGUUUCUAAUCAGGAGCCUGAUACGGUAUUCAAACAAAAAUAUGGCCCUUACCCGGGACGACCGAACGAUAGACACAGCGGAUUAACGCCGAUCGUGCCGCACAUUACAAGAGCAGGAGCUGGGACAGUCGAUGCGAGUACAUUACGAAGAGAACGGCAACAGAGGAAUGCGUUUUAUAACUUUACAGCAAAGCAAUUGCUUGAUUUAGAUGCGAAUAUUACAUCGACAAGAUCUUUGAAAGGAAGCGAUUUGAACGUUCCAUUACUACCCUGCUUUAAAAGAGACCGAUGGAAAACAAACGGCGAGCCACAUGAUCUUGGUCAAUUAGGACCUGGAAAAUGGUUUGCUAAAAACGAUGUUGUGUGGGAAUUAUUACAGCCAGUUCUUCAACUUGCCUCAAUGUUGUUACUAAACAUUCAGGCUGACCUAUAUGAUACUUUCUUGUAUGGCGAACGAACCCCAAUCGAUCCUGAAAGAAUUCCUGAAAACCUACCAGAGCGCGCCACACCACAAUCUGUCAAGGCGCUUUUUUCCACCAAGUCGAGGGGGUUCGCUCCAGAUGAUCCAAUUCUCCAAAAGAGCAAGAAGCUCCUCUUACAUGCACUGUCAAGUUUUGCUUUCUUAAAAUUUAAAGACGCGUCUGAGACUUUGUCUUUCAAUGGCUGUACUAAGUGCGGAGUGCAGAGAGUUCCAGAUAGUAUACCAAUUCUUCACUGUCAUAUUGUUUUAGACCACGCCAACCUCGAACCUUUACUGCGACCUAAUAUCACAGCUUCCGAGAAGCUGGCAUAUCAAUGGAGAUUGGCCGUAACACUCACUCAUGAAUGGCAAGUGAUACCUCCUCUACACUAUGACUAUGAUAAAACUUUGGAUACUUGGAAUCUGGGCUCGGAGCCAUAUUAUGAGAAUCACUCGAUUCAAGAGUGCGGCUUUUUGAUGGAGCAAGUUGCUCUUGGUGGUGUUACUCGUGGGGAGAAGAAUCCAAAGGGCUCUUUGUAUCCUACAAUUGCUCUUUUCUGGACCGAGUGGCCAACGGUAUAUUGGGCGAGCUAUACGACUAAUUUAAUGUUAAAAACACCUGCUCUCAAUCCUCGGUACAAUUUUUACCCGAUACCAGUAACUCAUUUUGAAGACGUUCACCAGAUGGAUUUUUGGCUUCAUGCUAUCAGAAUCUUUGGUACCAAGAUGCUUUGCCUUAGAUCCAGUAAGGUGAGGAUGCAGGUUACUCAACUUCCGCAUUUUCCUGAAGCAUAUGUACUAAGCACGGAUGAUGGCGAGGUUCAAAACGUUGAGUGGAAAGCUACGCAUACAACUUUGAAAUCGAAGCAGGAUAUGAGUCCAGAUGAACGAAGUGCUUGCAAAGCUGGGGAUGAUUUGAUUAAAAGGGCACAAUUGAAUGAGGACUUUUUCAUCAACAGCUUACAACAAUCCAAUCAAUUGAAGGCUAUCGUCGAUUUUAAUAAAAGUCUAAAGGACAGACUUCAAGCUAUAACUUUGCAAAGUCUUCCUAUUCCAGGACAGGAAAUCAAAGAGCUAGAUCCGGCGGAGAUCAUCAAGACAUCUAUGCAGACGCAAUAUGAUAUGCUUAUGGGUGCUACAAUGGCUCAUCGUGCAGCUGUUGGCACUUAUUUUCAAUUGGCGAUGUCUGGAGAUGCUCCCAUCGAGAUUCAAGAUCAUUUAUUGAUGUUCAACCAAGGAUUUAGAGGAUUUGCCAGACAGAUCGCUCACAAAUCCUGGACAGAUGAAUUAUCUCGAGAUUAUGAAGAAAUAGACGAAAAGCUAGAGUUUAUGCGACAAAUGUUAUUUUCGCCUGCCGACGCAAAAAGUAAAAAAGAUCCAAUGGAAUAUGAGGAAUUUGGAGAGAUUGCAAUUAUUAUGAACGCCUACGACCAAUUCCACACUGAACCUGAGUAUAUGGAACAAGUGAUUUCUCAAGGGACGGAAGUCUUGGAAACCAGAUGGAGAAGUUCCCGAUAUGCCAGGACUUGUGCGAAUAUCAUAAAGCUAGCUACAAGUAUAGUAACUGAAGAGACUGAAGAUCCGUACGAUACGAUCGAUAAGAUUGACGCUAAGAUACAAGUAUUGAUAUCUUUGUUAAAUGGAGAAGACAACAAGCGUUGCGAUUCAUGGACAUCGACGCUAGAUGAUAUGAUUAAGAAGAUGAGGAAAAUUUCAUCAGACUUGUCUGAUAAGGUUUCGGACUUGGAGGAUGUUGAGAUGGAUGGUUAUGAUCCUAUGGAUGAGGAUGAUGAUGAUGAUGAUGAUGAGGUGGAGCUCAUUCCCGGUCAGCCUGCUUGA